CAUUGUGUCUUCUUGUCAAUUUUUUUUGUCUUCGUGGUCACUAAACUCGGAAAUUCGUUUUUUUUUUAAUUGUAAAUUUUCCCUUUCGUGAUGCGUUCCGCAUCGUAAAUAAUAAAACAACAACCAGUGAAUCAUUUUCAACUUUUUACACAUAUUUUCAUAAAUAAAAAGUAGAAAAUUUUUGACGUGAAAAAUGACGACUCGCAUGGAAAAAGAACGUGCCAAACAGAUUCAAGACAAAUGUCAAAAUUUGCUUAAUCAAAUGCUUCGCGAUGAAGACAACAAGUAUUGUGUUGAUUGUGAUGCCAAAGGACCGAGAUGGGCGAGUUGGAAUUUGGGAAUAUUUCUCUGCAUUCGUUGCGCUGGUAUUCACAGAAAUCUGGGCGUUCAUAUAAGCAAAGUGAGAUCUGUUAAUUUAGACACAUGGACUCCGGAACAAGUUGUUAGUUUACAACAAAUGGGAAAUUCGAGAGCUCGAGCUGUUUAUGAGGCGAAUCUCCCGGAUAGUUUUCGUCGUCCUCAGACUGACAGUAGCCUUGAAAAUUUUAUUCGUGCAAAAUACGAGCAUAAGAAAUAUAUUGCCAGGGAAUGGGUUCCCCCAACAUUGCCCAAGGUAAAUUGGGAUAAGGAACUCGAUGAGGAGGCAGAGAAGCAACGAAGACGUAAAAAGGAAGUUUCAAAAUCAAAUGUAUCGCAAGCUCCUCUGCCACCUGUGAAAAAGCCUGAAGUUGUGCCUCAAUUGCCGAAACCAAGAAGCUCCGUUAGUCCAAAACCAAAUAGAAUAAGCAAUUCUGGUGGCGGUGGCGGUACACUCGAUCUACUCGGCCUCGGUUCAACUGAAAAUACAACCAGCUCAAAUGGUUCAGAUGAUAUUUUCUCCUCAUUUCUGUCAGCUCCACCAUCGAGUUCAGCUAACAAUGAUACUGCAAACACAACGACCAGUACAAGUAGCACAACAACAAAAUCCGAAGAAGAGAGCUUUUUUAAUCAAACCGUUCCCUCUGCUCAAGAAAAGAGCAAAAUGACCAAGGACAGUAUUCUAGCUCUUUAUGGAACACCGAGUCAUCAACAAUCCGUUUUUGGAGUUUCUGGUGGCAUGUUUCCACAACAAAUGCCAGUACAGCAAUUUGCACAACAAAAUAUGAAUGCUUUCAGUCAAAACAGUUUUCCAAGUCAACAACAAGUGAAUCAACAAUUUCAAAUGGGAAUACAAGCAACAAAUCAAAUUCCUCAAAUGUGUAUGAAUUCACAAAUGACUGCAAUGGGUGCUAAUCAAAUGGCGUUAGGACAUGUUAAUGGACAAAUUAAUUCUGCAAUGACAAUGCAAGCUCAAAUGAUGAAUCCCCUUGGACAAAAUAACAUUGUUGGUAAUAAUUCGUGGAGUGGAAUGAUGACAAAUCCAAAUAUCCUACCAGCACCAGGAAGUAAUCCUUUCUUCAAUUUACCAACGCAACAAAUUCAUAAUUCCAAUCCUGCUCCUCAGUUGCAACAACAAAUGUCUCAACUUUCAAUGAAUGGACUUGGAUUUACGGCCGCAAAACCAGCAAAUUCUGCAUUGCCUGGACAAACUCUCUCGACGAAUCUCUGGCAGUAACGAAACAAAUGGAAUAUAAAAUUAAAAUCUUUAGGCCGUUGAUUUGUUUGAUGUCACACUAGUAUUUACAAAAAAAAGUAUUUGUUACGAAGCGCAUCAUUUUCAUCAUAAAGCUUCAAAAAUACAAUUUAACGUUGGCACCAAGGAAAAACGUUAUUUUUCAGCACUUGUAAAUGAAUGUUUAUGGACAGCAAAAUUACGACAGAAUUACAAAAGAAAAAUUAUUCAAUUGUCAAAAAUCAAGGAAACGAGGUAAUUCCGAAAUUUUUCAAUUUCGAGUCCCGUGACUCAAAAGUAAAAUUUCGAUUCUUGAUUUUUAAAUUAAAUCGUAGGACAAAAUAAUAUUUAUUCUUUACGUGUCUCCAGCGUUUAAACGUUUAGAUUUUUCUUUUAUACUCAUUCUAGUUAAAAAAAGAACAUAAUUAUAAAUUUUUUAAAUUAAAACCAAAUUUAGAUUAGAUUUUUUAAAAAAUUCUGACGAAUUUAUUAUUUAUUAUUAUGACUGGAGAGAAGUAAAGAGCGUAGAUAACAAAAACAGUAAAAAUGGUAAAAAUAACUUAAAAAGGAAAAAAAAGUUGAUUAGAAUACUAGAUUGCCUAUUUUUCUUCUCGAAACUUAUAAAAUGGAAGAGAAAAUAUUCCUCUAGCUAGUAUAUUUGUCGACUGAUUUUAAGUGUGCGUGUGUGAAAUUGUUCUUAAAAACAAUGAGCAAACAAAAUGUAAAGUUAGAUUUUCAUUGUUUGUAACAACACGAUUUUUUCGUUAAUAAUAUUCCAUACAUCACAAGUAUA